AAGGUUAGAGUUGAGCUCGAAGCCUCGAAUCUCGUCUUUGUCUCCAUCCUCGCGGACUGAAACUCGUUAACCGCUCUGAUUGUUUUUCAUCAAAGCUCGCAAUCCACAAACAAAACCUCAAUACCAGAGAGAGAGAGAGAGAGAGAGAGAGAGAGAGAGAUGGAGGAAGCGAAGGGAUUGGUGAAGCAUAUAGUGUUAGUAAGGUUCAAAGACGGAACGGCACAGGAGGAGAUUGAUCAACUCAUUAAAGGCUACGCCAACCUCGUCAAUCUCGUCGAACCCAUGAAGUCCUUCCACUGGGGCAAUGAUAUAAGCAUUGAAAACCUGCAUCAGGGUUUCACUCAUGUCUUUGAAUCAACCUUUGAGAGUACAGAAGGUCUUGCAGAGUAUGUAACUCAUCCUGCUCAUGUUGAAUUUGCAAAUCUGUUCAUUACGAAGUCGGAAAAAGUCCUUGCGAUUGACUACAAACCCACUACUGUUCGUAUUUGAUUGAUGAAACGGCAAUGCAGCUUAGAUCCUGCUAUGCCUGCCUUUCGAUGGAACUGAUGGUGAUUGACUCUUGCAUGCAUGCAUGUGUUGUAAGGUGAAUAUUAUAGACUGAUUGUACCAAAUAUAAUCUAAAUCUUUGAGACAGUCUGCAUGUUUUAAGGACUUAUUUAUUAAAUACUAUUAGUUUUGAAAUA